GAGCCAAUGGCCCCGUGUGUCUGCUAGGAGAGGGCGGGCAGCGCCGCGGCGCGCGCGAUCCGGCUGACGCAUCUGGCCCCGGUUCCCCCAGACCAGAGCCGGGCCGGGAGGGAGGGGGAAGAGGCGAGAGCGCGGAGGGCGCGCGUGCGCAUUGGCGCGGGGAGGAGCAGGGAUCUUGGCAGCGGGCGAGGAGGCUGCGAGCGAGCCGCGAACCGAGCGGGCGGCGGGCGCGCGCACCAUGGGGGAGAAACCCGGGACCAGGGUCUUCAAGAAGUCGAGCCCUAACUGCAAGCUCACCGUGUACUUGGGCAAGCGGGACUUCGUAGAUCACCUGGACAAGGUGGACCCUGUAGAUGGCGUGGUGCUUGUGGACCCUGACUACCUGAAGGACCGCAAAGUGUUUGUGACCCUCACCUGCGCCUUCCGCUAUGGCCGUGAAGACCUGGAUGUGCUGGGCUUGUCCUUCCGUAAAGACCUGUUCAUCGCCACCUACCAGGCCUUCCCCCCGGUGCCCAACCCGCCCCGGCCUGCCACCCGCCUGCAGGACCGGCUGCUGAGGAAGCUUGGCCAGCAUGCACACCCCUUCUUCUUCACCAUACCCCAGAAUCUUCCAUGCUCUGUCACACUGCAGCCAGGACCAGAGGACACAGGGAAGGCCUGCGGCGUAGACUUUGAGAUUCGAGCCUUCUGUGCUAAAUCACUAGAGGAGAAAAGCCACAAAAGGAACUCUGUGCGACUGGUGAUCCGAAAGGUGCAGUUUGCCCCAGAGAAACCCGGCCCCCAGCCUUCAGCAGAAACCACACGCCACUUCCUCAUGUCUGACCGGUCCCUGCACCUCGAGGCUUCCCUGGACAAGGAGCUGUACUACCAUGGGGAGCCCCUCAAUGUAAAUGUCCACGUCACCAACAACUCCACCAAGACCGUCAAGAAGAUCAAAGUCUCUGUGAGACAGUACGCCGACAUCUGCCUCUUCAGCACCGCCCAGUACAAGUGUCCUGUGGCUCAACUCGAACAAGAUGACCAGGUAUCUCCCAGCUCCACGUUCUGUAAGGUGUACACCAUCACCCCGCUGCUCAGUGACAACCGGGAGAAGCGGGGUCUCGCCCUGGAUGGGAAACUCAAACACGAGGACACCAACCUGGCUUCCAGCACCAUCGUGAAGGAGGGUGCCAACAAGGAGGUGCUGGGAAUCCUGGUGUCCUACAGGGUCAAGGUGAAGCUGGUGGUGUCUCGAGGCGGGGAUGUGUCUGUGGAGCUGCCUUUUGUUCUUAUGCACCCCAAGCCCCGCGACCACACCCCCCUCCCCAGACCCCAGUCAGGUGAGCACACCGCCCACCCCAAGCCCUCAGAGGGAGGGCCUCAAGCAGGGCCAGUGGAGGAAAACUGGCCCUUCCAGCACCCACCCCCACACCCCCUCUUCCCGUCCCCCCAGCCGCUCCGGAGACAGACGUCCCCGUGGACACCAACCUCAUUGAAUUUGAUACCAACUAUGCCACAGAUGAUGACAUUGUGUUUGAGGACUUUGCCCGGCUUCGGCUGAAGGGGAUGAAGGAUGACGACUAUGAUGACCAACUCUGCUAGGAAGCAGGGCGGGAAGAAGGGAGGGGAUGGGGUUGGAAGAGGUGAAGACAGGACCAAGAUCCCCACUGUCACUGGGGGAUUGUCCCAGCCUCUCUUCCCUUCCCCUCCACCUGGAAGCUUCUUCAACCAACCCCUUCACUCUCCCCCGCACCCCCCACCAUGAUACGCACUGGACCCUCUCUUGCUGAAUGUGGGCAUUAAUUUUUUGACUGCAGCUCUGCUUCUCCAGCCCCGCAGUGGGUGGCAAGCUGUGUUCAUACCUAAAUUUUCUGGAAGGGGACAGUAAAAAGAGGAGUGACAGGAGGGAAAGAGGGAGACAAAACUCCCACUCAACCUCACACCAACACCUCCCAUGAUCACUCCGUCUGCCCCCAUUCCUUCACGAGGAGACCCUUUGUGGACAAGGCUGUUUCUUUGUUUCUGAGCAUAAAGAAAAAAAUAAAUCUUUUACUAAGCAUGA